CAUGCAAUAGGGCACACACGGCUAUUGGUAUCCUGGGGGUACAAAGAUGGCCGCAGCACUCCCAGCAUGCAAUAGGGCACACACGGCUGUUGGUAUCCUGGGGGUACAAAGAUGGCCGCGCAUUUUCCUCUUCGUCAUUCUUCGCCCUGAGAGGAGAAAAGGAAGCUGAGCAAUAAGAGUACAAACAUGUCCGACCUGGUUACCAUGGCAGCAUUUCCGUUUUGCAACUCUAUGGUACUAACGGCUCCAGCUGCAGGAAGCCACACCCCCCGCACAUACAAGAUGUCUGAAGUCAGAACCCUGAGUUUAAGGGAAUAUGAAGCUGAUGAGGGUGAGGCCGUUCCCUGUGAUUUCCCCCCGCAGCCAUUAGCCCUGGGGCUAGGGGGCACUGCUGAGUCUCACCCUCUCCUGGAUAUUUCACUGACCCCCGAUAAAGGGGGGGGGAUUCUGAGGCGGAAGAGUUCGGAGCGUCGCCAGGGACAGAGGCAGGUGCGUUUUGUGGUGAGUGAAGAGGCCAAUGGGAGGAGCCAAGAGGCGGGGGGGCUGCAGUGUCCCAGAAUGCACAGCACGGCGGCACUGAAGGAGCAGGCGGAGCUGGAGGCGGGGCAGGAGUUCCAUGCUGACAGGGCGGUGCAGAGGGAGCUGGAGCGUUCGUACAGAGUGAGGCGGAGCAUAGAGAGCGAGGCGGCCCGAGCGCUGAAUGUGGCCCGGGCUCACAGUCUGUAUCAGGGGCUGCUGAGCGUGGAGCCCCCCGCGGGGCAAGUACAGAGACUGAGCGAGAGGCCGCGCCGGGCGGAGCCCAAAGAGGCCCCCCAGCUCCAGGCCCCCCAGCUCCAGGCUCCAGAUCUUUCCGCCUUCUCCCAUCUAUGUGAGCGCUUCACCGAGACGCCAUGUCUUACCGUGGAAGGACCGCCCCCUGUCGUCAUCUGCCCCCGCCCACGGCCAGCCCACUCGGUAUUUGACAUGUACCACAAGCUCAAUGAAUGGGCCCCCUGAUGGAGCCCGGGCACAGACUGUUGCAUCAUGGGACGUGGGAAUACCCGGCUCUGUGAGCACAGACUGUUGCAUCAUGGGACAUGGGAAUACCCGGCUCUGUGAGCACAGACUGUUGCAUUAUGGGACGUGGGAACGCCCGGCUCUGUGGGCACAGACUGUUGCAUCAUGGGACAUGGGAAUACCCGGCUCUGUGAGCACAGACUGUUGCAUUAUGGGACGUGGGAACGCCCGGCUCUGUGGGCACAGACUGUUGCAUCAUGGGACAUGGGAAUACCCGGCUCUGUGAGCACAGACUGUUGCAUUAUGGGACGUGGGAACGCCCGGCUCUGUGGGCACAGACUGUUGCAUUAUGGGACACGGGAACGCCCGGCUCUGUGGGCACAGACUGUUGCAUUAUGGGACGUGGGAACACCCGGCUCUGUGAGCACAGACUGUUGCAUUAUGGGACGUGGGAAUGCCCGGCUCUGUGAGCACAGACUGUUGCAUUAUGGGACAUGGGAAUGCCCGGCUCUGUGAGCACAGACUGUUGCAUUAUGGGACGUGGGAACGCCCGGCUCUGUGGGCACAGACUGUUGCAUUAUGGGACAUGGGAAUGCCCGGCUCUGUGGGCACAGACUGUUGCAUUAUGGGACAUGGGAAUGCCCGGCUCUGUGAGCACAGACUGUUGCAUUAUGGGACGUGGGAAUGCCCGGCUCUGUGGGCACAGACUGUUGCAUUAUGGGACAUGGGAACGCCCGGCUCUGUGGGCACAGACUGUUGCAUUAUGGGACGUGGGAACGCCCGGCUCUGUGGGCACAGACUGUUGCAUUAUGGGACGUGGGAACGCCCGGCUCUGUGAGCACAGACUGUUGCAUUAUGGGACGUGGGAACGCCCGGCUCUGUGAGCACAGACUGUUGCAUUAUGGGACGUGGGAAUACCCGGCUCUGUGAGCACAGACUGUUGCAUUAUGGGACGUGGGAACGCCGGCUCUGUGGGCACAGACUGUUGCAUUAUGGGACACGGGAAUGCCCGGCUCUGUGAGCACAGACUGUUGCAUUAUGGGACGUGGGAACGCCCGGCUCUGUGAGCACAGACUGUUGCAUUAUGGGACGUGGGAACGCCCGGCUCUGUGAGCACAGACUGUUGCAUUAUGGGACGUGGGAACGCCCGGCUCUGUGGGCACAGACUGUUGCAUUAUGGGACGUGGGAAUGCCCGGCUCUGUGGGCACAGACUGUUGCAUUAUGGGACGUGGGAACGCCCGGCUCUGUGGGCACAGACUGUUGCAUUAUGGGACAUGGGAAUGCCCGGCUCUGUGGGCACAGACUGUUGCAUUAUGGGACGUGGGAACGCCCGGCUCUGUGGGCACAGACUGUUGCAUUAUGGGACGUGGGAAUGCCCGGCUCUGUGGGCACAGACUGUUGCAUUAUGGGACGUGGGAACGCCCGGCUCUGUGGGCACAGACUGUUGGGUUGGACCUUGUCACUGGGCUUUGGGGGACAUUGACUGGACCCUCUGCAGAAUUCUGGGUAUUAUUUUUCUAAUAAAGAAAUGUAUUUAUUGGCUACAG